CAAACGCUCAAAUGACAGCUAUCAUACCCAGCUGAUUUUUAGGUUAUAGUAACAAAUAGAAUUUAUAGUUUUUACUAUUUUAAUCCAAGUAAAAACAAUUAAAUUAAUGAACAUACAUUUUAUUUCAACAUAAAACAUGGCACAGUGCGUACUGUCCAAAUUGGGCAGCCUACGAUUAGUCCCUGCCGCGGUUCUCACGCAAUGCUCGCGCACAACGACCAGCAAGCACUGGAAUCCUAAGUUCAAGAAGCUCCGCCGCGAGAAGUAUUUGAAGGUGGAACUGCCGGAUUACAAUGAGGAUACGAACGCGUUACCCAAGGAGAAACUGCGGCAGAAGAUGAAGGAGCGCGGGCUGAUGCCGCCGCGCCCGUGGAUUGAGCGCCCGUUUUAUAUCUCGGCUACAGGCGGUGCCUUCGAGCCCUAUGUGCCCCCAGAAGGCGAUGGCAAAGCUUCCCUCGCAUCAACUACCCGCGUCAAACAAGCUGCCGAACUCCUCGAGAAAAAAUCCAAAUCCAUGAUGGCCAUCCGCAAAAUAAAGUCCUUCGAAGAAGAUUUCGACUCCAAAAUCUUCUGUCAACAAGCACAGGAUAUUUACAUCAAAGCGCAUGAAGCUCUAGCUAACAACGAUAAAAGCGCUUUGCAAGUAUAUGUUACGGAGAAGGCUUAUGCGGAGUUCAGGCAUAAUUCGCAUUUGAAGACGAUUCGGUGGAAGUUCUUGCAGUCUUUAGAGCCACCGAGGGUGUGCCAUGCGAGGUGUACUGAUGUGGUCAGCAAGGAGAACAUAUUUGGACAGGUGACAGUCCGCUUCCACACCCAGCAACAGCUCGCCGUGUACGACCGGUUCGGUCGUCUGUUACACGGGAGCGAGAUCCUCGCCAAGGACGUUCUCGAGUAUAUCGUGUUCGAGAAACAUCUCUCCAAUAUGUACGGCACUUGGAGGAUUCACCACAAGAUUAUACCUGAUUGGACCCCGCCUAAGGAACCUUCGAAACUUACUAGGGUUUUGGCGGACAAAAUUGCAUCUUUGCCAGCACCGCCAGCGGAAACCAAUGAAAGUGAGACAGCGGUCGUAGCGAAUAAGUGAUUUAUAUUCAAUAAAUAAUUGUUAGAUUA